AUGGCGCUGACGGAGCUCACCUCCAGCCACUUCCGCGGCUUCCUGCGGAGGGACGAGGAAUGGCCUGAAGACUCAGAGCCUUGGACGCCUUGGACGUACAAAGCAGGCUGUGACAUUGAGAACCGAAAGCGACCGCCACCCGAAGAGAUUCCGGGUGACGUCUUUGAUCGACAGCGGGUGAUUCCGGACUUUGACCAGGGCUUGAUUGAACGACAAGUGUGUCUUGUCUUGGGUGCUGGUGGAAUCGGACAGAACGUGGCCCUGACUUUGGCCCGUUUGGGCGUUCAAAAGAUCAUCCUGGUGGACAACGACAUCUAUGUGGCCAGCAAUUUGACCCGACAAUGCUUGGGCAACAAAGGAGAUGUGGGCAAGCGAAAGGUGGACGUGGCUAAGGCUGGGCUGGAAGCCUCGCAUAACCUCCGUUCAGCUGUCGUUGCCGUGCACUGCGAUGCAGUGCUGGAAUGGGAUCGAGUGGUAGACCUCGCACGGCAAAGUACCGUGGUCUUCAAUGCCAUCGAUGUGGGCGUCAUGUGGGACUUCUGUGUGAAUUCCCUGUGCAAGGAACUGGAGAUUCCUCUUUGCGCUGGUCAAUCUUUUGGAUGGAAGUUUAUGACCGAGCUUUACACCGGGAAAGUCGAUGAAGUUUGCGCAUUCUGCUACGACUCGGUCUCCUCCACCUUCGGGACCAAUGAGAAGGCAAUCACCCGGCAAGGCGGCAUUUUGGAACGCCUGGGUCCGAGCUCCCUGAACAAGGAAGUGGUACGAGAUUUCCUGAAGAAUGACAGGCAGUUUCGAUGCCACGAUGGCCCGGUGCUCGCAGAGGUGGUCGACUUGGCGUUACAGAGCGUUGGAGGACAGCUGCGACCAGAAAGUGCCGAGGUGCUGAAGUUUCUACAAGCCUUGCAGCAGGAAACCGUGAAGAAGCUGUUGCCUGGCAAGGUGUCGACCAUGAAGACAGUUGGGUUUAUCCCGCAGCCAAAGCACGCAGAGACUCGCUUUGUGGGAAGCUGGGUGUGUCCUUGCCUCUCUUGCGCAGUCACAAUGGUUUCGCAAUGGACCGGCCUACUAACCGCCCCCGCAGUCGAGGAAGGAGCUCCAGAGGCUGUGAUGCCCCAAAACAUCACCUUCAAUUUGGACACGGGGAUGACUGGGGAAGAGCAGCUCAGCAACCUGGUUGUAGAGGACGGAGGUUACGAAUUGGGCUCCCUGGGCAUCCCCCUGGACCGCGCCGAGCGCCGCUUCUGCCGCGACGCCGCGCGCGACAGCUGCGGCGUCUGCGCCGCGGCCGCGGCGAACCGCGCCGAGGCGCGGCUCUUCGCCGGCGCAGCGCGCACGGUGAAGCUGGCGACCAAUGCUGGGGAGGUUCAACGUCUCCCAGCUGCCUGGUCAAUGGGUGACGCCUCAAGCAGCCUGGCGCGGGGGAAGGCUCCAAACAGCGAGGCGCUGGUGGUGCCAGCCAUGCCCGCCAGAGAUUGGUUGCCAGGGGGCGGCGACGCCGGCGCCAGCGCUUGGCCGGCCGAACUGGGGACCUUGCCCUUGCUGAAGGUGCCAGAGAGCAGCACCUUGGCGAAGAGCCCCAGUGCCUUGUGGGGCUACGCUUCUGGGAUUCGCUCAGCCCUGGUGCCCCUGCGGGCCAAAUGGUAUCGCCUCAAAGGCUGUGGGAAUCGGACAGAAGGCUUUCCCGUGGAAAAGGUUGGCAACAAGGGCGAGUGGUCGCUGCGGGGCUCCUGUUUUCAGCACACUGCCUGGACGGAGCUCCGCAUGACGCAGCUGGUCAGCAGGGUGCUGGAGACGGCGGGCUUCGAUUGCGCCAACCGGCCCUUGGGCCUGUACCUCUACCAGCCAGACCCGGAGUCCGGCGCAUGGCCACAUCCCGAAGUCGAACGUUGCUGCGUGGUCUUCGAGACCUUGGGCAACGCGCGCCUGGGCGACCACCUCAUUGGGGGGAUCUUAGCCUUGCUGCCUCACCUCUUCGAGCCAGACCUUGCGGAACUGAAGCGCUGCAUCCUGCGCGGCCGGGACUUCGACCCAUCGGAUCCUGAGCUCCUGGAGACUGCCGACGUGGUGAGCUGCGGAAUGGCCACCGCGGACGUUCUGGCGCAGCUGGGCUCAGCUGGCGCUGCUCCUGCCCGUCAGCUCCCCAAAGCAGAGGAGCUGGAGAAUGUGCCCAUCUUUUUACGUCACCUUUGGGACCACCUCCGCGUGAAGAAAGUCGACAUGUCGCUGCUUUUGUGGUUGGCCUGGCGUUUGGGAUGGGAAUGUGGUUUGACCUUACGCACUCUUCAUGAAGCCCAGAUCUCCUGGGGAACAUACUCGGACAGUAUGGGCAUCCAUUGCAAUGCACACAUCAACAAUUUUGUUGUGAAGGCAAUGGACGCUGGAAAUGACACCUUCCUGGCUGCUCUGGACUUUGACAUGGCCUUCACACGCGAGAACGUCCUCCCAGAGGCUCUACAGGCGAACAGUUUGCUCAGUGAUUUUGAUGCAAUCCUGAACUUUGAAGCAACCAUGGGAAUGAAGAUGGUAUUGGCUGGCAGCGAUUUUGCCAGCACGGGUGUUGCCAAUGCCAAGACCAGUGAGUCCCAUAGGGUAUUGGAGGUGGCCCUCAGAGACACCAUGGUCACUGCCUAUGCUGCAGCUCUGGAGGGUCAAAGUGAUGCACAUCCGCCGCAGGCGGAGCUACGAGAGGCUUCCUAUGACAUCAUCAAGCUGGCGCUUUGCCUUACGACACAUGUGGAGGGUUGAUUGAAGCGGUGAAGCCGGUCUUUGCGGCUUAUCGGAGAUAAGGCGGGCCCCAAGGGUCUGAUCAUCACCACGCUGAGACAAUGGUGGCUGUCUUCAAGGCAUUUGCGCAAGGCUUUGUCAUCAUCAGCGAUAGCAAAAAGACUCAGGCUCGGUCACAAAUUGUACUGUCUCAUCAUCCUGGUCACAAUCAUUACCCUCUGGUAGUCUAACUUGGAGGAAAAUCCCCCAUUCAGAAAUGAUUUGCCCAUUAAAAGCCGCGGUUCGAAAAGGAUUUCCCUGCCUGGCAUGACCUGCAUGUCACUGCAUGUCUUUACUGUCCAUGCGCAACCCGCAUUUUCUCAGGUUGCGGGAAAAGUAGCACAGCUUGCCCUGCCCCCUGAUGCGCAACGCACUGCAGAUGGGCUGCUGAAAAUG